AUUUUUAUUCCCUUUAAAAAUGAUUAAGAAAGAAUUUAGAGAAAAUAAUGACGAUAAACUGACUACAAGGUUUCAAGAAAUACUCCUUAUUAAAAAGUAAUAAAAAAAAUUAAAUUUGUAUUGAAAAUAUUACAUUUUAAACUUGAGACUUUGGCGGUUGCAUGCAAAUAUGCCGAAAUUUGGCACACUUACCCUAUUUAUUUAUUUUUUUCUGAAAAAAAUUAAACGGGUAGCUAGCAUGAGAAAUCGCAAACUUUAAACGUCUCUCCUGAAAAGUUGUUAUUCUGAGAUAGAAUAGUAUGGAAUGGAAGCGUCGAAUUGAUUUUCCAAUAAAAAUUACUUAGAGGUUAUGAAUUGGUUCAUUACUGCUUCAUAACCGAUUGGAUCCGGUUUAGUCUUGUCAGAAUUCCAAGACCUUUCUAACGAACCCCUACAUGACACCAAACGUAACAUUAUCUAGGGGACAUUUGGUCCUUAUACAAAAAUUUCGCUGAAUCGUUCCCAGUAACGGUUUUUAAAGGUCAAAUAUAAAAAAGGCUCUGGAAAGCGUAUUUCUUAACCGUUUAAGGACGAGAUCGAGGGUCAGAAAAAAUCACUUUUUCUGACUUUUUAAAGCAAUAUGCAACAUUAGAAGGCCGUAGGAAAAAUUUCAUUUUUGGGUCACCUGUGACCCAAUCGUCCUUAAAGUGUUAACCGACUGGGGAAAUUUUUGGUCUCGGUGGAGGUGUCUUGGAAUUUCUGAGAAGACUAGUGAAUCGGCCAAUCGGUUUUGUAGUGAACAUGAAUCGAUAACUAAUUUUUACACGAAGAUCAAUAUUAUAUUACUCCUAAGCAACUUUGGGUGAUCUUUUGAGUGAUUUAUGAAUCGGUUCAAAUCGUUUGUGAACCAAUGAACGAUAAAUGAUGCUAAAAUACUUUUGAAGUACAGCAUCAUAGUCAUGAGUUCGAGUAUUUUACAAAGCAUUGAAUGCUUUGCUAUACUCAUUUCAAAUGAAUUUUUAUCCAAUUAGUUGAGAUUCCUUACAAUAGUAAUAAACAUUUAAGAAUUCUAUUUCAUUAAAAAUCGUUAAAAUUUACAGUAAAUUAAAUGCAAACCUAAAAACAUGUUUUUGCGUAAUAAAUGAUGCCUCUAGCACACUAUUUAGAUUUAUUAAAAUGCAAUAAAUCAAAAUUGUGUUUCUUAUUACGUUGUCUUAUAUGCAAAAUUUAAUUCAUCGAAUUAUAAAUGAAUUUUUGGAGUGAAAUUCAAAUCGCAUUUAGAGUAUAGGUCCUUACGAUAAAAUCAAUAUUUAAAAUCUUAAUAAUCUGAAAAAGAAACUUUUGUUAAAUUAUCAAGAAAAGUUUGUCAAAAAGAUGUUCUUGCAUACAGAAUAUUGGAAAGUUUUGUUUGUUAAAUCUUGUUAAAAGUUUGUCAAAACUGCGAGUGUAAACAGUCUAUUGUAUACGCAUUUCCCUAUUAAAUUAGCCGGUUUUUGUUGUAAACAUAACAAUUUGGAAAGCGGAAAAUUAAGAAACAGGUCAUUUUCAUUGCGUUUGUGUGCUAAAACCGCUCUUUUCAUAGUCCAAAUUUUACAAAAUUAAUCUAUUUUAAUUUUUGAAAUAUUCUCAGAAAAAUAAUCUUUCUGUAUUUGCAAAACCAUUUUUUGUAAUUUUGAUUUACUUCAAGUUUUUUUUUUAAUUCUUGAAAUUAAUCCAAGGUAUAAUUUAGAAAAAAAAUCAUUGUGCAUGCAUAACGUAAAGUGUAAUUUAAGGUUUUACAUUAAGGCGUUUAGGAUAAAUAAUCUUGCAUGUUUGUCAUGUAAUCAAAAACUUGUACAAAAUUAUACUACUAAUUUUGUAAUUUACUAUUUGGCAUUCAUUAUCUUCCUGUAUAAUUUCAAAACUUUGCAUUAUCUGUCAAGGCUAGUUUUAUGGUUCGUUGGCGAAGAUACCUUCAGAAAUAGACUUUUCUUUAAUUUCAAUUUUCAUUUAAUUCUUCUCCUUUUCUUAUACAAUAGUUUCUCAGUUUGAUUUCCGCUGGAGUUUCUUUUUUCCACAACACCGUGAAAUAGUCAAUUUUGACAAAUUUCUUUUAGCGCUCUUUUUUUGCCUUGAAAAUGACUUUCAUUUUCCACGAAAAAGAUGUAAAUUGAGCAAUUUCUACACUCAACCAUUCAUCAAUGACAUUUGAAGCGCGAUAAAAUGUUGCUUCCUAUAUUAUUUUUCGAGAAAAUCUUAAUCGGCAAGAGAGAUAUGUAAAAUGAUUUCUUUAGUCAGAUAAAGAGUCUUUUUUCUAUUUCAUAAACAGUUGAAAGAUAUUUUCUUCAAUUGUACCUUUGUUGGUAAUUCACUAAAUUAUGGCCCUUUUGUCUUUUCUAAAUGCGAUUAUGUCUUUAAAGUCUAUGUGAGUUCAAAUGUGAAAGGAAAAUAAAAUAAUGGGUGAAAGAUCGUUUUAUUUGCUACCGCGCGGAAUACAAUCUUUGAUGGUCUUACUUAUAGGGAGAAGAUCAAAUUGAUGAUUUUACUUGGAUAAAAUGAGAAAUUUCUCUGUGCACAAUCAUUCUUUAAACGUCUUUACUAUGUGAUGUUGCAUUUGGGUGUAAUUUAUAUGCAAGUGGAUAGUAUUAAAUUUCAAUUUAAUGGUUAUUUAUCUUUCAAUGGUUGAACCUAUGGUGUGUGAUGGAAUGAAGAGGUCCCUGAACCAUACAGUGUCUCUUAUUGCCCAUUUGCCAUAGUGUUUCAACCUAGUACCAUUGAGUGCUAAAAGCAAAGAGAUGGGCAGAGAAAUAGUGUGGAUUGGUAAUUUGUGUUCUUGUGUAUGCCAUCGAUAGAGAGUUCAAUCGAUUUGAUACUGGUUGACAUGGGUGAUGAUGAGUGUGCGAGGCUUGGAUGAAGUUUUUUUUUGUAUUAAAGAAGAAUAGAAUGAAUACUUGUAUUUCUUGUCUUUACUUGGGUUUCCUUCUGCUUUGUUCACCUGAUAUUUUUCUUGAUUGGGGUUCGAAGGGGGAUGUGAAGAAAGAAUUGAAAAAUUGCCACCAAUCCUGGUCUGUUUCGCUUGGUUUUUUUCCUUAGCCGAUGUAUCCGCGAUGGUUCUAUUUUGCUCACUCUGUGUAAACCCAUCAACCGUCAUGCGCACACUUGGUCACACGCAGUUGGAAGUUGCCAAGAGUGAUUGUUGUUUCAAGUGCGCUGCGAGAUGGGGAGCAGCAUAAAAAUGUAUGUGAGUAGCAUAGGAGCAUAAGUACCACCCAGAGAGUGUGUCUGAGUCUGGUGCACUCUCCUUUUGUUAACUUUCCGUAUCAGGUUGUGUGGAUUAAUUUUGUGUGGUGUGACCACACGAAGGAGUGUGGCGAGUUUAUGUCUGGUUGAUUAUAUUAACUCAAGAGAGAAGAGAGUUUGCUGACAGUGUCUGGUGAACAUCAACAUAGGGCGAAUUCACUCUUUUAUGUCAGGUUCCCGGUUUUCGCGUAUGAAAGUAAGCGAAGCGAUUUAAACUAGAUUUUGUUUCCUCUUUUGAAGAAAUGACAAAACUUGUUAAAAAUGGAAAUAGGAUUAUGUGUUUUGCAAUUUGAGCGACACAUAUGUUUUGUAAACAAAAAAAAAAUGCUUUCUAAAGAUGUUUUUGACAUUUAAUAGAGUCGCUAUGAAUAAGUAAGAACUGGCAGAACUAUUUCGAAAUCAAUUAAGGCGUACUGACAAACCCUUACCUAGAUCUCAUCGGUAGUUAUUUGGGCGCGGGAAUUGUCCUGCCUUAUGCCCUAGAGACACUUUCGACUUCAGUCGAAGGACUACUUAACUUAAUUGUAAUCAAAAUAUUGAUUAGAUUACAUGUCCAUCAGUUUGUGACUAAUCCGUCUGUCUUUUUAAACCCAGAAACAGCUUAGUGGAAAACUGAUGGGAAUUUAGUCAAAUCAUUAUUUUGAUUAUAAUUAUGUUAGACCGUCUCUGGGCUUAGUGUGGCCAGGGCGUUAUAUACGGGUCUAAAAUGCGUGGAAGAAUCCUCUUCCCGCGACUACGAAUUUACAAUCUUCUUGCUAAAGACUCACGUUUCAAACGAAUAUCUGAGAACUGGCAGGAUGGACAAGACCAUAGUUCUGCACAGCAGAUGUUUUGUCAUUAUACUUAAAUUUUUAGACCGGAAUACUAUUGAUAGACUGAAAUAGGUCUUUUUGGCUUUUAGCAGUUGCGAGCGAACUGCUGUUGAUAUGUUAUCAUCUAAAGGGUAAAGGCUCAUAAUUUUGCCCAUUCUGCUUAUAAGCAUCGAUGUUCCAAGUUUGAAGUGCGAUGUUUUCAAUACUAAUUCACUUUUUUUGUUACUCUCUUUUCAGAAGGGUUGUUCAGAAACUUGGCAAGCUAUUUACCGUCUUAUUUUUACUAAAAUUAGUUUUAAUACGUUUUAUUGAUAUGUAGAGGUGAAUUUGACUCUUAUUUUGGACAACUUGGUUAUUAAUUUGGACAACUUGGCUGUAAAUUUGGACAGCUGAUCCGCCUCAACAGGAUGCCCAUUGUUCUUCAUUUCAUGAACCAAACUUACCAAGUCCUCUUCCUGUUCAUGUAAGGGAAACGUAGAAUGUCACAGAAGCCCGGAAACUUUCCAUAUCAUUCAUUAAAGUGAGUUGACUUCGGUAAUCCAAGUACGCUCGAAUUUGUGCAUUCCCUGGCCUUUCAGGGAGCCUUUCAAGGCAUUUCUCGCUACAUCUUUUUCGUAGAGAUGAUGCUCCUUUGUUUCUCUAGGCAUUUGUCCAACCUAGUCAUCCCAAAAACUAAAACUUCACGAAAUUUUCAGAGAAAAACACCUGUCCAAAAUAAGGAGUAUCACAUCACUGAUUGGUAAAUGUCUUAAAAAAUUUCCCAUUUUUUACACGAAAAAUCUAAUUCACAAGGCAAAUCUCACUUCAGGUCAAAUGUACAAAUCACCACUAACAUGAAUCAACACAAUAUUCAAUGAAUAUUUUGGCUAUUCAACUCACUCAGGUUCAAACAUCCAAUUGAUGAUAACCCAUGAAAGAACAUUUUCGUCGUUUUGUUUGACUAAUCUAAGAGAUAAGAUUUUACCAGGGGUCAGUUCUCCAUUUCGGAUAUUCCGAUGCAUCCAGGCCACCAAUUGGGCCCCUUAUGCUUCCCCACUCCUAUUCUAUCUUAUCCCCCGAUACGGGUGUAGCCGCUCUAUAUCGCAGCUGUGUGUGGACAAUCAGUGCCGUUACUAUAUCACAGCAUCCCUUCUCGGUGUGUGUUUGGGAUCAGUGACAGCGAAUACUUAUAUCGACUGAAGUACCACUUUCAUGUCGAAAUUCGUUUUCGUACCAGCCUCUAUUGUUUUUAGGCGGUUCACUUUUUUGCCAAUAUGCACCAUUGACAUUACUAUUCAUUCAUUCACUGGACGAAUUCGAAGCCGAUAUGGCAUGAGAAAUCUUUUUUCUGCUGCCGCUCAGCUCCGAACCCACGACCUCGCAGUCUCAGAGCCACUGCUCUAUCCACUGACCCACUCUGGGUGCUUUGACUAAUCUAAAUUUGCGUGAAGUGACGGAAAGCGGUGUCGAAGGUGGCACGAAGUGGUAAAUCAACCCUAUUGUUGUGGGUCAGAUGGAAGAUUAAAUGCUAAAUAAUCUCAGAAUGAAAAAAUACUCACACUAAUGCUUGUUCACCGGAUUGAAAGUUCUCCCAAUGUAUGGUCAACUAUAUAGAACUUCCAUGAACCCAUAUAGAAAAGAUCAUUCCCCAAACUCAUGGAGACUUAUGAGCCACUCUGUUGUAUGAGAUUGUGUCUGUGGAGCUCGAGUUUUUCUCUCUUCCUCCACUGUCGAUGAUAUACCCAUAUAGCAUAUACAUUUGGCUCGGUUAAAAAUGUUUUACAAAUCGUGCCCGAGUCAGUUGAAAUCGGUACCUGGCGCAGUUGAGUUGUAUAACAUUGGCGUUAAUUGAAUAUUCACUUCUCAAAUUGAGAAUCUUCUCGAAAAAAAAGAAAACAACAAAAAGACGUCUUAGCUCGAGAUAUAUUUAUCAAAAUUCAAAUAAAUUCAAGACGGUAGAAAAUUCUUAUAAAUACAUUUUACCGAAGGAACGUUGUGUGCGUUGGCGCAGAGAUACCGAGAAUUUUGGUUGUUGAAGAAUAAAAAUCUUGUUGGAAAGUUUGAGUUCAAAGUUGAGAUAAUAAUACUCCCUCAAGGAAUCACGAAAAAGAAAAUCUCUUUGGGGGCUUAUAUUUAAAAUAUAAAAUAUCAAUGGAUUUGUAAAAGAACUGUGCUAUAAAGAGGAGAAAGAGUGUAACUAUAAUAUUAUUUAUUUGAAAAUGCCACAGUGAAGUGACAAAUUAGAAAAAGGGCUGUGCCCCUCCUUUGUAUAAGUAUAAUAUAACCUUUUUUGGGAGAUUUUACGACUAAAAUGUAAAUUGUGUGUGCGACCCAAAUUUUCUGUUGGGGAAAAAACGAUAUUACAUUUAUACGACGAGUUCGAAAACAUUCCACGUAAAAAAGAGUUUAAUAAAUUGCAUCUCUUGAGGCACUCCUGGCUUUUUCAUCAUAUUACAAACUUCACGUGCAAUUGACAAGGAAUUUAAUUACCUAGAAUUGAAAGUGUUAGCAUAGAGAUAAAUUGGAUUUGAUAGCUCACUCCUAUAGCACGCAAAAUCAGCACAAAUUGCCAGAGAAUUAAUCCUGCUGACUGAGGAAAUUGAGUGAGGUGAGAGGUGAAAAGAGAGGUGAAGAAACACAAUGGUGGACUACUACAAAACACUCGAUGUCAAUCGGGGGGCAACGGAUGCGGAAAUAAAAAAGGCAUAUAGAAAAUUAGCUCUAAAAUGGCAUCCGGACAAAAAUCCCAACAAUCUAGAAGAGGCAAAUAAGCGGUUCAAAGAGAUCUCCGAAGCAUAUGAAGUGCUAUCAGAUGAGCACAAACGCAAAAUUUAUGAUUCGAGAACAACAUACAAAAAAUAUCAUCACAACUAUGAACCAACCUCCCAUCAUCGUUCUGCUGGGAAUCGUUCUCAGAAUAGAGUCUUUACUUUCCGAGGAUUAUUUGAGACGACACCAUUUUAUCGAUUUUUCGAGAGAAAGAGACGAAUUUACGAUCAGUAUGGCAAAGAAGGUCUCAUGGGACACAAUGAACGUCAUCACAGAUCGCGGCGACACGAUCCAGAGGACUAUGACUUUAUGGGUGGUUUUGGAUUCACAUUCAGAGAUCCCGAGGAAGUGUUCCGAGAAUUCUUUGGCAAUUCACCAUUUGCUGAUAUUUUUGGUGGAAUGCCGUACGCUGCCACAAAUGGACGUCGAUCGCACAGACACUCUCACCCACAGAACACAAUUUCAUCCCAGUUUAUGAGUCCUUUCAUGGGAAUUUCUCUCAUGGAUGACUUCUUUAGUAUGGACAAUGGGGGAAUGAAUGGCGCCUUUACGUCCUUCUCCUCCUUCAAUACUGCCAACGGGGGUGGUGGCGGUGGAGCCGUUAAACGCACGUCCACCUCCACCACUUUUGUCAACGGAAAGAAACUUAUGACGAAAAGGAUAUACGAGAAUGGCAAGGAAACUGUAAUGUCGUAUGAGAACGACGUCCUGAAAUCAAAGACUGUCAACGGUGUGGCCCAAGCGCUUUCCUACAAUUAAUUGAGAAAAAAAAUGAAGAAGAGAAAUGUGAGAGAAAAAAAAGAAUUAAGUAAAUAAAAAUCAUGCAGGAGAUACUUGAGGAACAAUGUAGAAAUUCUUAUAUAUCUUCAACCAAUUGGGAAAAUUUGCUGAAGUAUAAUAAUCAUUAUUAGAAGUCUUCACGCUCUAAAUAAAAACAAAAAAUUUUGAUCAUUUUUUUUCACCAAUUUGUGAAGAAAGAAAAAUUUAUAAUAUAUAAAUAAAUAUUUGUGACGACCAGAGUGGACAGAGAAAAGAAUUGUCUUUGUCGACACUCUGAAAGUAUCGGAAAAAAAAUGAAAAGUAGAAUAAUAAUUUUUUGAUUCAACUAUAAAUUAUGCGCUAUAUUAAAAAAAUGUAUUGAAAAAAUUAUUAAAUUAUCUUUAAAUUUCUAAAUGGUCUCAAAACCACCUUUUAUCAUAAAAAAAAAUAAUAUUGCUGUAAAAUGAAUGAAAUUAUACUAUGUAACAACUGAAGGUAAUGUGAAUGAGCGUUGAAAAUAGAUGAAAAAAGAAAAAAACUAGAAUGUAAUCACUGUAAUUGAGGAGUUUGAUGUUAAAGAACAAAUUGAUUUUCUCUGCUCACGUAUGAAGCAAAGGAUAUAUUUUUUUCUUUAAUUUUUUAAUUUUUCUCUUUAGGGAAGAAAUAGAAUUCUUGCAUGGGGAAAAUCAAACCCAAUUAAAUCCUCUUUUUACCAUGUAAUUUAUUAUUAUUUUUUUGUAAUUGUGCACACGCUGUUUUGUGGUCAAUUGAGGAAUUGCAAUUGCCUCAAUUUUUACCUCUUAAAAAAAGUGAGAAAAGUAUGAAUUUUUGCGCAUGAUGAAUGAUUUUUGCCAUAGAGAGCGAGCUAACAAAGAAUAUAUAAAGCAAAAUAUACCAAUUAAUCAUUCAUAUUCGAAAGAUUUUUUUUUCUUAGCUAAUUUGUGUUUGUUUCUUUUUUUACGUUCACAAUUUUCUGUGGGCAUUUAUUUUAUUUUUGUGUUUGGGAUUUAUAGAGAAGAUGAGUAAAAAAAAAACCGAUGAUACUUAUAAUUAAAAGAAUUAAACAGAAAUAAUUGAGAGUGAAA